CAGUUGAGAGACAUCCAGGUGCUGUUUCUGGUACUGAUGGUUGUGAUUGAACCGUUUCUUCGCUCUGCUGCUGCGGCUGGUGUCAUGGCCAGCCGAACGAGAAUGGCGACACCUGCAGCCGACGGCAAAACCUUGGCGACACUCACGAACUGCUUUCCCAGCGUAAUACUCAGUUCUUCCAACAUCCCAUACACCUGUGAAGUUAGUGAUGCCCAACCACUGAUUGGCUUGAACCUCUCCGCCUCGUACUAUUAUGGAGAAGGUCUCAUUCCUGGCUGGCCGGCGACUCUUGAUGCUGAAAACAGUAAAAUUACAUUCGUGCCUGAUCGUGGGGCGCCUUCGGGGCGUUGGGACUUGGUAUUCACGGGGCGUUCUGAUAAUGUAGGCUUUUCCACUCCUCGGACGACCAAUAAGAGCAUGGACUUCAUGUUGAUUGAAGAGACCAAUGCGGAUUUUGCUACACUCUAUCCGUAUUACGGUAUGGGUGUCUCGUGGGCACCCAAUCUCCCAACCGGCACCACGGCUUCCGACUACAUGCUGGUGCGCUCUUUCGAUGUAUGCCAGUACACCACUACAACCUGCACUGACUCUGUUGGGUGCUACAGAAUGCUGCCACCCG